GGGAAGUGGCCGUGCCGCAUGCCGUGUGGGACAUGUUGCUCUCGCCGCUAGCGCAGUCAGUGUUGGACGAGUUUGGCGGCAGAAGGGUAAAAGUGCCAGACCGUGAAAACACCUCUAUUCUGAGUCAAGAGCACUGCAACGUCCCCAAGCGCGAAUAUCCAACCUAAAUGUCCGACAGGCCUUGUAGUAGAGUCGCGCCAUACACUGUGACAUGACACAAGCACGCUGUGGCUGGAAUUUCUGGCAAGACCACAACGGUCGCCCGGCUGGCAGCAUCCCCCAAGCUCCAGCGACUACGAACGUCUCUAGUGGCGCGCGGGGAUGUAUUGAGCGGACGGACGGCUCGCCCCAGCCUGAGGAUGACGCGCGGGGACGUAUUGUACGGACGGACGCCCCGGCGCAGGGUGGCGCGCGGGGACGUGUUCUACGUGCGGACGCCCUGACGCAGGCCGCACGUAGGCAAAAACCGGCGCCCGACACCGUGCGUGUCACCUCUGCUCUGACAUCGCUACGCAUCUUCCCGUGUACCGUGAGCCUGUUUCGACGCAGGUCCCCAGUCGAUAAGAUAUGCUCGGGAGGCCUGGUCGUUGAAGAGGACGAUCGUCAUAACGAGAUCUUGGUGAAGCCAGCCAGUGAGGUGGUAAAUGUUUCAGGAUUGCGUCUGUCGCGACGUCGACGGCGUGGUCCAGCAGCGCCCAACAUUGCUGCGGGUUGUGUCGCACACGCGCAUACGCGGACGUGAUGUCGAGGCGUUUGCCUGGCGAUGGCCUCACGAUCAUCCAAUUCCGGUGUUGGUCGUCCAGACUACUUCCACAGAGCUCCGAC